UUUGGAAUUAACGCGGGGACAUGAAGGUGACCGUGUGUUUCGGUCGGACCCGGGUGGUUGUCCCGUGCGGGGAUGGGAAUAUUAAAGUGACCAGCCUCGUCGAGCAAGCGGCCAUGAGGUACCGAAGGGCCAUCGCUAAGGAUGCCAGCUACUGGGUCCAGGUCCACAGGUUGGAACACCGUGAUGGAGGAAUCCUUGACCUGGAUGAUGUCCUCAGUGAUGUGGCAGAUGACAAAGACAGGUUGGUGGCUGUUUAUGAAGAGCAGGAUCCUCACAAUGGAGGUGACGGUACCAGCGCCAGCUCCACAGGCACUCAGAGUCCCGAGCCGUUUGCCGGUGAGCUGAGUUCAACAUCAGCCUUCCAGCCCUACCAAGCCAACAGCGAGAUUGAGGUCACCCCAUCUGCUUUGAGAUCAAACAUGCCUCUCCAUGUCCGUCGAAGCAGCGAUCCUUCUCUGGCUGGCCUUCCAGGUGGAGUAAUCCAGCUUGGAAAAGAAGAACCAUCCAGAAAGGACCCGAGUCGCUGGUCCACAACCGCUGGCUUCCAAAAGUAUAACCACAAGCCACACACGAACCCUGGUACCAACAGCCUUGAACGAAAGGGCAGGGGAGGCCAUGCCUACCGGAGUCUUCCACGUAAUGCAAGUGGGCGGACCACUCAGUUUCAAAGAGAGAUGACCAGAUCCUCCCUGAGUGCAAACCACCCAAUGGUGGACCGUUGGCUUGAUCGACAAGAACAGGAGGAGGAAGAGGUGAGGCGAACACAUGAACAAAGAAUUGAAAGGAUAGAGCCAGUAGGAAGAGCUGACUCCUCGUUGGACCAUUCGCCAGUGCUAAGUCUGGAGGCCAUGCUCAAGCCAGUUGAGGUGUCCAAUAAAGGAGGACCCCUGGGUAUCCACGUAGUGCCAUUCAGUUCACAAGAUGUCAGGACCCAGGGCUUGCUCGUCAAGCGUCUGGAGCAUGGAGGCAAGGCAGAGCAGGAGCAUCUCUUCCAGGAGAAUGAUUGCAUUGUCAGAAUAAACCAGGGAGAUAUCCGGAAUCUUCGCUUCGAACAAGCCCAGAACAUUUUCAAGCAGGCGAUGGCUUCCUCCGUCAUUCUGUUUCAUGUGGUCCCGGCCACCUUGAAAAGGCAGUACGAGUUACUUGGAGGCAAAAGUGAACUCAGUUCACCUAAUUCCAGCAGAGUUCGCUUCAGCCAAGGUUCUCUGCAUUCGGGUGACAGGACCAGCCUGGUCGGGGGUCGAACCUCCAGUCAACAGGGGUCCCUGACAGGGAGCACUCCGGAGCGAAGACGGAGAUAUGCCACACCGGCGCAAUCUUUAGUCUCCAGUACCUCAUCUACAUCCUCCCCUUCCCUGCAGCGCAGAAUCAGCACAACACAGUCCAAGAGCUCCUAUGUUAAAGGCAAAGGCCGCAGAUUCAAAAUCCAGUUGAAGAAAGGUCCGGAAGGUCUUGGGUUCAGCAUUACUUCCAGAGAUGUGCCUGUUGCUGGCAGUGCCCCUAUUUAUGUUAAAAACAUUCUCCCUCGGGGGGCCGCCAUCCAAGACGGGAGACUAAAAGCUGGAGAUCGUCUCCUGGAGGUCGGUGGAGUAGAUUUGAAUGGUAAGACUCAAGAAGAGGUGGUGGCUCUGCUCCGAGCUGCACCUAUGGGUGGGACCGUCGUUCUGUUGGUGAGUCGCCAGGAGGACGCUCUGCUGCCUCGAGAAGUGCAACUUGGGGAUGAAGACUUGGUGUUGACCCCAGAUGGUACACGGGAGUUCCUGACCUUUGAGAUCCCACUCAAUGACUCGGGUUCAGCGGGCCUGGGGGUCAGUGUCAAGGGUAAUAGAUCCAAGGAGAGCCACGCUGACUUGGGCAUAUUUGUCAAAUCCAUUAUCAAUGGAGGUGCUGCUAGCAAGGAUGGGCGUCUACGGAUAAACGACCAACUCAUCGCAGUCAAUGGGGAGUCAUUGCUCGGGAAUACCAAUCAGGAAGCAAUGGAAACACUGCGCAAAUCCAUGUCAGUCGAAGGAAACAAACGCGGAAUGAUCCAGCUCAUCGUAGCCCGGCGGGUACCGCAAAAUGCAGAGGAAGUACUUCGCAGUCCACCUAUGCGAGGUCAUCCUGGCAAACCUUCCAGCCUUGAGGAUAACCACGAGCGCCGGAUCUCCCACUCCUUCUAUGAAACCGUUGAAAGCUUUGACAUUGUCUCAACGCCACUAGCAAAUUCAGUUGGACGCAUCGGUAAACACCAACUCUCUCCCACCGUGAACAUGCCGCAGGAUGACAUUGUCUUGAUCGAAGAUGACAGGCCGCCCCUGCUUCCUGUCCACUUCUCGGACCAAUCAUCUUCGAGCUCUCACGAUGACUUGGGAUUCGUGGGAGAGAACCCAGUGCCGUGGAUCCAUGAGCUGCCCAGUCCGAAUGAAUGCUCACUGAGUCCUGAUGCAGACCCGGAUGGUUCUUUUCAAAGGGAGGGCUUCGCCCGCCAGAGUAUGUCGGAAAAGCGCACCAAGCAGUAUGAAAAUGCCGCUCAGCUGGAGAUCAUCAAGUCGCGCAAAUCCAAGAGUAUGGAUCUAGUAGCUGAUGAGAUUAACAGCAGUGCAAGAACCAAUGGAGGUUCUUCAGGACAAAAUGUUGGACCCUCACUGGGCCUAAAAAAGUCCAGUUCCCUUGAAAGCCUCCACACAGCACUUGCUGCAGCAACGCGGAAUGGUGAGAUUAAUGUCAACAGGCCACGCUCCCGAAUCAUAAGGGGCCGAGGUUGCAACGAUAGUUUCAGAGCAGCAAUUGACAAGUCUUACGACAAGCCAGGCGUUAAUCUACCUGAGGACGAAAACAGUAUGGAUACAUUGGACGAGGACACGGAGGGAAGUUCCCGAUCAGGUCAGGAUUCAAUGUCCACCAGUGGUGACCUCUUCAUUGGCGCCAGUCUCAAUGGCAACAUCUCCAAAGAAGACAGGCUGAAAGAUCGGGACAAGGUGGAAAAGAAGAAGCUUGAACGGGAUAAAGAAAAGGAGAAAGACAAGGACAAGAACAAAGCAAAAAAAGGCGUACUGAAGGGCCUCGGUGAAAUGUUCAGGUUUGGGAAACACCGCAGUAAUGAUCAGCCUACAGACAGAGUGGAGAGGAGGGCGUCCAGUAAAUCUAAAGCUGAAGAUGUUCACGCAUCUGAUGAGGAGACUCAGCGGAUGAGGCUCGAACAAGAGAGAAUACAGGCCAAGAUGCGUGAGCUCCGGGAGAAGCAGGCAAAGGAGCGGGAAUAUGCCGAAAUUCAAGAUAUCAUCGGUCACUCCAACCUGAGCUCUGACGAAGAGCACACCUACGCUGGCAUCGGCUGUUGGGACUCGUCAGUGGACAGCGGCACCAUUGAUCCUUACGGCAUUCAUCACCAGUACCAUCUCCCUCAGGGUCCCCAGAGCCCUCCCCCGUCUUCCAAUCUUCAGAACAACAACCCACCUCUCGAGGCACUCUACGCUCAGGUCAACAAGCCUCGCAAUGGUCGCCCUGCAUCUUCUGACAGUCAGACGGCUCCAAGUAACCAUGACCGGAUACAAAGGCUGAGGCACGAGUUCCAGCAGGCAAAGCAGGAUGAUGACAUGGAGGACCAUCAGCAAUCCUACAGCUUGGAUCAGUCUUGGUCCAGUAAGGGGAUGGAGAUGCAGAGUGGGCGCCAUUCUGUAACCAUGGAAUCUCAAGUCCAAAAGCAGCACCAGGAGGAUCGAGGAAGUUUCCGUCAAGCCCAGAGGCAAUAUAGUUCUCUGCCACGGCCGCCACGUAAGAAUCCGAGCACCAUUUCCCAAGACACACAGGACAAGGCCUACCCACCAGCAGAUGGCUUUCAGGGUGCCAAGGACAACCCACGCCACUCUGGCAGUCACGGAUCACAUAACGGGUACCUGGCAACUUCCAGCUUUAACGCUCGCGUCCUCUUGGAGACUCAGGAGUUGCUGAGACAGGAGCAGAGACGCAGAGAGCAGGAGGUUAUCAAUGUCCCUCUACCUCCUGAACAGGGCCCCCCGAGCACCAGUACUAGAGACCACACUCAGGCACCCAUACAGGAUCCCCCCAAACCCAAAGGUCCCUACAGACAGGACGUUCCCCCGUCGCCAACUCAACUGGCCAGGCUUAGUCGGCUUCAUCAGGGCUCAGAGAAAGGGAAACAGUUUUAUUCCUGAAACCAAACAAGCGCAAGGGAUAUAUAGGAAAAAUUAGGACUGAUUUUAUAAAACCUUCAUAAGAAAAAAAGUGAGCAAGGAAUCUAAAUGCUGUGAUAUUAAGAUUUUUAUUCGAGUAUUAAUAUUUAAUUUUGACUGAUGUGAAACAUACUCAUUUUAGCUGUAUGUAAAAUAAUGAAUUGUAAUAUUUUCUUAUCAAGAAUGUGUACAUAAGUGCCUAUUUUUUCAUGAUGGCUGUCCUGGUACUAGCUUUGUCUUUUUGGAUCUUUUGAGGAGAAGUUAAAACAAUAUGCUGGCUUUUACAGAGCACCCAAAUGAAUUUUGUCAAUGUGAGGUAACAGGCUAUGUCGAGGUUUUUGUAACGUUUGCAUGACCUAAGGAAUUCCAACCAAAAGUUACAUUUCUUUCAUCUUGUUUUUCUCUUCACAUUAUCUCCUUUACCAGACUGCGCAAAAUAAAUAAAUAACAAUUCUGAGCUAUAUUAUUCCAAACCUCCCUGGCCUAUCCAGUGAUUCCACUUUAUACAUUGAACCAGGUUAGGGUUAUUAAUGAAUGUUCCUCAUUAAAAAUGAAUGUUGCCCUUUUGUAUUCAUUCCUAUUGUCAUGUUUUGCGAGGAGCAAGAAACGGCAACCUUGCUGGCAAGGUUUCGGCCCCAGCCUUGUCCAGAAUGAUUGGGAUGCAAGUGAAGUCUGCUGGCCCUGAAGUGUCAGAGCUGUUCCUUACUGAAUAUUUUAUCAGAAUGCUCACACGGGAGCCGCAACAGCUCUAUGGUGGGUGGCCUCAGUCGGAAAUAAUGUGUCUAUUUUAUCAGCUAUUUCUGGUGAGGUUGAUUUGUUUUCCGCUUCACGAUGAUGUCCGGUGAUGGAUGUCCGUUUGGCUGUUUUUUACCGUUCUAUCACUAAUUGGUGAUGAAUUGUUUCACUGUGGGUGUGAUUGUGUUCUGCUCUUUUACUAGUACAAAUAUGUUAUAUCUUUAAUAAUAAAGUCAAUGAUUAAUAAUUUGGAGCAGAUGUUGACGACAAUAUUACAACACCAUCAUGAUUUUUCUCAGUAUUGAAAAAAAUGGACAAAUAAGUUGACCCUUUUGUAUGUCUUUUUAUCACAUCAAUCUAACAUUUAUUACAUUUUGUAUGUAAUUUUAAUGUUUUUGUUUAUAAAAAAAAUUUAAUCUCAAUAAAUCUCAGCCAGUUUAAGCCA